AAUCCAGGAAAUUCACUUGAAUAUGGUGCCCGUGAAAAUUUGCCAACCAUUCAGAACAGUUUGCAAUGCACUGUUGCCAUCGGUUUCGACUCCAUUAUUGGUUUCCUUCUGAAUAACUAUGGGACACAAGCAGCUCUGGUGUUUUUCACAUACAGCUCUGAUACAUUGGUGUGUGAUGUUCAGGUUGGUGGAACCACAGUCAAAAGAGUUAAUACUGCUUCUUCAACUCCAGCUUUCAGAGACCUCAGUGGAUGCAGACACUCAGGUGAGAUGUAUCCACCUGGUACAGUGAUCAGCUCUGAUCCAGAAACCUGCCUCAGUCUCACCUGUAAUGAGACUGCAGUCCUCCACACCUCCAGCUGUGGUCCCCUGGAGCGUUGUCAAGGCAACAACAUCUGUGUGUUGGACGCCACCUGCACUGUGACCGGCCCCACUAUCAUCGACGUCCACGGCCAGAUUAACUCCAUCCAGGAUCGGUGUGCGUACUCUCUGUUCUCGACUCCGUCACUCCCAGACUUCCAGGUUCUGGGGUACUUCAAGGACCAGCGUCGUAAAGAUGUGAGCUUUUUGGACAGUGUGACGCUGCGUGUGGACGGGCAUGACAUUCACCUGGAACAAGGUGGGAGAGUUCAGCUGGACGACUCCACGCUGACCCUCGACAGCUCAUCUCAGCUGGUUCACGGUGUGCAGCUCUCUAAGGACCAAACUGGAGUCACUGCCAAGCUGUCGCUCUCCAACCUCAACAUCUCUGUCUUCUUUGAUGGCGACACCGCACAGAUCCACUUAGAAGGACCUGCUGGUUCAUCUGUGGAGGGUCUGUGUGGAAACUCCAGCAGGUCUCUGAGUGACCUGAGGCUCUCUGAGUACAGCUCCACCAGCUGUGAGAUGCAGUACAGUGAGCCUGCUGACAGCACGAUCAACUGCACCAGUGUGACUGAACGCUGUAAUCUCCUGAAGGAGGCACCCUUCUCCUCCUGUAACAGUGACAUUGACCCAGAGCCUUACAUAACCGCCUGCACCAACACUUUGUGUAAAUAUCCUGCAGUGGACGGACUCAACUGUCAGUUCCUGAAGGCCUACGCCAGAGCCUGCAGUCUACACAACCACACUCUGGAUGGCUGGACAUCAAAGACCGGCUGCUCCUCUGAGGUCUUCUGUCAGGACAGGACCUGCAGCGAUCACGAGUUCUGUGGUGAGAAGACGGUCGGUGGUGACACUCGCUGCUUCUGUCGGGCCAUUUUUGCCUCCAAGUACCAAGCAAACAACUCUUUGGGUGAUCCAACUGUCUGCAAGGAGAACUCUGCUUCACUCACCCUGGUCGGUUGUCUCCUGGAGGACAAAGACAUCGACUACUCUGCCUUACACCUCAACGACCCGACCUGCAGGGGUCAGGUGGACGAGCUCACCCACAUGGUGACCUUCAGCUUCAACAGCAGCAACAGCUGUGGGACGGAGGUCACGACCAACAACAGCCAAGUGAUCUACAAAAACACCAUCAUGACCCAGAACAGCUCCUCUGACAUCAUCACUCGUCAUGACCAAAUCUACAUCGACUUCUCCUGCGUCCAAACUCAGCCGGACAUCAAGACUGAGACCUUCAGGAUCAGAGACAGCUCUGUGAUCCAGCACAUCACAUCUGGAGUUUGGGAUUACACUCUGACCAUGCAGAGCUUCACUGACGCCGGUCGGACACAAGCUGUGGAUUUCAGCACUGAAGUGCAGCUGGACCAGAAGAUCUGGGUGGAGCUGAAGACUGACGGGCUGGAUGGGGACAUGGUCGUCGUGGUCACCGACUCCUGCUGGGCCACAGACCAGCCAUCACCCGACAGCACUCCGAGAUACGACCUGAUCAUAAACGGCUGUGCCAACCCUGCUGACCAGACUGUGCAGGUGGAGGAAAACGGACUGGGAACCUCCAACUACUUCUCCUUCAACAUGUUCCAGUUUACUGGGAGCUCUGGUGACGUCUACCUGCACUGCAAACUCCACCUGUGUCCCAAACAGAACAACUGUGUCCCGACUUGUCCUGCAGCUGCUCGCAGACGCAGAUCUGCCAGGUCCAAAUAUGAAGGUGAAGCCUUCAUCAGCAUGGCCUGGACUCAUUAGGUGGUUUCCAUGGUGACUCGGACUGACCAACAGGUUACUGACUUCACUGAUGAUCCCUGACAUCUGAUUGGUCCCGAUCAAGAUCUUGGAUGUGUGAAAGAUUGAGCUCAGCACUGCUGUGAACUCCCACAGCAGUGGAAAUGAUGUUGAAGUGGAAAUGAAGACAAGAACAAACUGUCGUCUCUAACAGAUAAUGACUCUAUAUCUGAUGUGUACACUGUUUUAUUGGUAUCUUGGUGAAGGGAAUAGUGUCUGUUUUGGAUAUACAACCAAAUCAAUAUCUAUGUUGUACAUAAACACUCCUGAAAUAUCUCCAAGUAUGCAUGGAGGCACUUCAGGACCUUCCAGGAAUCCUCUAAGUUGUCAAAUGUUGAAUUGGAGUUGAGAGUAAUGACUUGUUGGUGUGUUUACCUCUCAGGUUUAUAUAAGCUGAAGAUUUUUUUGUUUUGUUUUUUUCUAUUCUUGAAGGCAUGAAACUAUCAAGCAUUUGACAAAAAAUGCAAAACUUAGGGGACUGUUAAAACAAAAUGCUGCUUUAAAGGUACUGAAAUAUGUUAACAUCAGUUCUUUACUAUGGUGAAUCAUUAGAAGGAGAGUUUUAUCAUUUAUUUUACUAAUCUUGGUUAUCUAGUUGAUGUUGAUGGUAUGUGGGUGGAUUUCUAAUUUUAGCUUCUUGGGAGACCAAUUAAGUAAAGUCAAGAAAUGUUUUAGGUUUCAGAGUCUGUAAAGCUUAGAUUUGCUGAUUAAAUAUGCUGCACAUAGAUGAUGUUGGAAACAAGACCUGUCAAAGUUGUUGGAGGAAGGACAGCACCUGAUUUUGUUGAUGGUUAUAGAAAUUAAAGGUUAUUAAGGUGGACAAACUGAUAAGGUGAUCAGAUUUAUUGGCACAUGUCAGUAAAGACUGAAUCACUGCGUGACAGAAUACUGUCGUAUCCAACAACAGCAGCAUUCAGCUGAAUCUGAGACCACGGCAGAUGUUUGAGGGUUUUGUUUUGCUUUUUGAAACAGUGGAGUUGUUCUGUUUUGUUGAUUUGAGCUGCUUCUCUCCAUCUCCCAUAUCAUUCAUUGUUUGUUCCAUUAGAAUAGGGGGAAAAAUCAAAUAAAGGGAUGAUUAAAAACCAAUCUCAGUUUC